UUUGAAGACACUCGUUAAUCCGCUAAAGAUCAUUUUCGUACUUCCCUCUCACUAUCACUAUCACUAUCAAGAUGCCCGAAGAAUGGGAAGGCCCAGUUCGGAUGUGGGAUGGUCCGGUACCGCCAGCACCAGCGCCAGAUCCCAAUGAUCACAUGCAGUACAUGCGUCUCGCCCUGGACCAGGCACACGAAUCACCACCAAAGCCAUCCAACUUCCGCGUGGGGGCACUGCUAGUCAACGAAGACACUGGAACUAUUCUAGCUCGAGGCUAUACGCUGGAGUGUGAAGGCAAUACACACGCUGAGCAAUGUUGUCUUCUCAAGUUUGCUCAAGCACAUGACCUACCAGAGGAGAGAGUUGGAGAGGCACUGCCACCCAACACGGUCAUCUACACUACUAUGGAGCCGUGCAAUCUACGGCUUAGCGGCAACUUGCCAUGCGCGGACCGUAUCAUCCGUACCAAAGGCAAAGACGGGGAACAGAGAAUCAAGAAAGUCUAUCUGGGCGUGAAGGAGCCGGAGAAGUUUGUGGGUGAGAAUCAGGGGAGGACAAAGCUGGAAGAGAACGGCAUUGAAUGUGUCCAUAUUCCUGGACUGGAAGAACGCAUAUUGAGUGUUGCAACUGCUGGUCAUAAAAGUUGAACGCUUCAAUUCGCCAAAUGUUACAGUAGUAGGGUCCGUGGCUUUACCUAUAAGGCUUUAAAGCCUCCGGUAAGCAGUCGAGAAAAGUGUAAUGUACAAUAAGCCGACUUGUUGUAGAAGCCCGCUUGCGCAAUAAGUGAUGAAGAUGCCCGGGUCCUUUCUAGAUCGCUCCUUCGCCAUCCCAUUAAUGCACCCUGAACCACCUCUUCUGUCGCCAUUAUGGGUGCCGUAGCCUUCAACAUUGAUCCGAGCUACACUGGCAUUUUGUGGUUGUUCCACUAAAGCCUGCGGCCGGCGCGUACGCAAAACAAUAUGAAGCAAAGUCUA